CUUUUUUAUAUUUUAUAUUUGUGAUUAGACUUUACGGUAUAUGGUAAAUUAGUAAUAAUAUUUUUGAUAAAAGAAAUAAAAGCACUGAAACAGAAUUUUAAACAUAUUUACACUGUUUUUAUACAAACAAAUGUAAGAAAUAUGUUUUAUUAAAAGAUAUAACGAAUUGGAAAAAAUGGAGUUCGUUCUAUGUCUAGUUUUUCCGUGAUCCUCUUACAUGAGGGAUGUUACAAUUUCGAAUGUAAAUUCUCAAUAAAUUAAAUAACUUUUAGUUUACGUAUACUUUGAACGUUAAUUUAUUGAAAAAUGGACCCAGAAGAAAGUAUUAUCGUUCGAAUAAUGAAUAAACUAAUUUAUAUAAUUGACACACCAGUCGUGUAUUUCCGAGAGAAUAUUGUCGUGCCGAAUCAGAAGAGUUAUCCAUGGUAUCAUCAAAAAUUUCGCCGAGUUCCAACGAUUGACGAGUGUCGCGAGCAGGACAUGGUCUGUCGUGUGGAAGCACAACACCAAUUUGAACGUGAUAAGCUGGUCGAUGACGAGAUUCUUGCUAUAUUGAGGCAACGAUAUGAAGAUUGUAGUUGGUAUUACGGGUUAGAAGACAAAAACAAAUUUUGCUCCGAGUUAUACGCAAUUUAUAAGGACGCAGCCGAUGGAGAUAUUGGUGUACCACAUAACGUACUUGAUGCAUACAUGAAACAGAAACAUCGUAUGAUUUGGGAACGACGUCAUGGUCCAGUUGGUAGUGGCAUGACUAAUAAAAAAUAUGAUGUAUAAAUUAUUAAAUUAAUGUACACGCUACAUCUUGGUUUGAGACUAAUGCUGAAUUUGCAUCGUUAUGUAGAUAGUUACUCUGUAAAAAAAAGAGGUAAAAUAAAUUAAUGUACUGUACUAUAGACUGUACUAUUUUUCAUUCUUACGAUUGUAUAACUAAUACUUAAAAUUUGCACCUCUCAGAAAUUUAAUCUUUAUAUUUUAUACUUUCGUCCUGCCACUUGUAACAAUAGUGUACACCAAAGAUUUGUUGAUCUAUUGUAUAACAAAUUAUUUUAUUCAAUACUUGUUUGGAAGAUUCCAUUGAUUAUUUAUACUUCGUAAUUUUUUUUGUAUUUGUUAUUACAAUAAAAUUUUUUUAUGCAAUUAUUACAAUAUCUUACGCAUUUUUGACAUUUUUUUUUUGCAUAAAGGCCAAUUAAAUUUUCUAUUAGUCAGAGCAAUGAUAAGAACUAUUUUAAAUAAAAUUUACUACAAAUGAUGUUUUAAACAAUUUACGAAAAAUAUAUAUCCUUAAUAUUAAAUAUCUUAAAUUCACAAAUAAUAAAAGCUUUUUAAAAUAUAAAAAGAAAUCUUAUUGUGACUAAUAGAAAAUCAAAAUUGACAAAUUCGUACAAUUUAAAAAAUAAAGUAAAAAUUUUAUCACUCUUUUCACAUAAAUAUAAAAUACAAUAGAACCCACAUUCCUACAUAAUAAAUAUACAACAUAUAACAAAGCUAUCUCAUUUGAUCUGAAUAAAUUAAUACAAAUUGGAUUUGGAAAACAUGAUAAAAAUAUUAAUACAUAUAACUGUCCUAUAAUGAAUCACAAAUUUUAAUACGAUUUAAGUCGAUUCGUGAUUCUUUUAUUUAAUAAUAUCUCAAACAAUGUAGCGAACCUCUGCUUUGCAAUCUUUUCAGUGGCAACUAAUACAUUUAAUAAUUCGCAAUAAUAUUUUUGAUCUGGGCUCCCUUUUGUUCACAAAAUUGUAUACGUACUUUAUUUUUAAUAUAAAAUACCUUUUAAUAAUAAAGUAAAAUAUGAGAUCAACAAGAUCAUUUAUACAUAUUGAAAGAGAGCAAUGUCUUGCCAUUGAUUCGUAUCAUAUAUUAAAUCUAUUAAUCAUAUACUUCUUGCAAUGAAUGUUAUGAUCAAUAUAUCUUUAUUCCCCCUCUGUUUUCACUUGACACUGAAAACAAAAUAUCUUAGAAUAAUAUUGUCAUUACUAAAAGUAACGUUAAAUAUUGAAACUUUGACGGAUACGAAGGUGUUUUUGUCUUCGUUUUGAUAAAAUAUUUAUUGCCUAUCACUAUAUUCAACAACCCUUCGAAGAAUUUAAAUAGAAUUCGUAAAAUUCGUAUAUUAUGCUUUUGUUUUUAUCCAUUUUCGUAAGUUUGACUUAAUAGUGACUUACUAAUAUUAAACUUAAAUGAUUCCUUAAAUUAAAAACUUUUCAUUUAUACAAAAAGAAGAAGUACGACAGUUCAAAAUAUCAUACAUUGCACUUCAAUUAUUAUUAGAAUUCUCAAAACGCAUUCAUUCGUAAUAGAAUUACAAAGUAUUAUCAAUAAAAAAAAAAAAAUAAAAAA